GCUCAGCCGCAGCACAAGACCUGGUUUGUGAGAUGCCCAAGCCACAGCGAUCCACGGAUGGAGCAAGCAGGUUAGACCUGACCUGGGCCGAAGGCAAAGGUGGUCGCCGAACCAAUCUCGAUUGGGAGAGGCUGAGACAUCGCCUUGGUCUAGGUGGGGAGAUGCCGGAGAUGCGAUGA